GUGCCACAGAAAAGCCUCUGGUAGGCUACAUGCCAAAUUUAUGAAGGAUAACAUACAAUUGGAAAUGUUUAUGAAGUUGUUGAAUGAAAGAAAACGACUGAAAUUGUACACUCUGUUACAGCCCAAAUUUAUGAGGGAGAACAUGAUUAUUGGAACAGCAGACUAAUGGAAAAAACGUAUAGGCUAACCUAAAUCUGUGGGCAUAGAACUAUAACGUGCGCGCGUACCAACUAGGAAUCACCAGCUUCGCGAGCCCAGCCUUUUGAGUUAUCCAAUCGGAAUACGCAGCUACUGCACCAUUUGAAUCCAUAGAGGUUGAAGCUCCGGGGCAACCAAACAGACGACAGUUCUGUCUUUACGUAUUUUGUCGAGCGAUAUUUACAAAUUGGGUUAUAUCAGGCCUCAAAUAGGCUCCGUUCCUGAGUUUCCCCGGGUUUCCGUUCGAGGCUGAAACACUGAAGUAAAGGUAGACUGAGAAACGGACGUACAAGGAGUGCUCAACGACAGAGAGGGUAGGCUACACCUUUGAAACCGCUCGUCCUUUCAACUUGGACAUUUUCAACAGAGGACACUAUGUCGAGCGAAAACAAGGGUCUCGUGUAUGUGAUCACCGGGGGAUGCGGAUUCCUUGGCCAGCACCUGUUACAAGUGUUUCUUGAGAAGGAUGAUCGAAUUUCGGAGAUUCGUCUUUUUGACAAACACAUUGACGCUUCCUUGCAGGACCGAAGCACAGAUCGGGUGAAAGUGGAUGUGAUUCAGGGUGACAUCACAGAUUACGCCAGCGUGCUUGAUGUGUCCCGGGGGGCCGAUGUGGUCGUCCACACCGCCAGCCUGGUGGAUGUGUGGAGAAGAGUACCAGAAAGUCUCAUUCAUGCCGUCAACGUGAGAGGUACGGAGAACAUGAUCAAUGCCUGUGUGGAGAACGGGAUUCAGUAUUUGGUUUACACCAGCAGCAUGGAGGUGGUGGGGCCUAAUGUCAAAGGAGACCCUUUUGUCAGGGGUGACGAGGACACCAAAUAUAAUAUUUUCCAUGACAUGCCUUAUCCCAAGAGCAAGGCAGCUGCUGAGAAGAUGGUGCUGGAGGCCAAUGGCACAAAGGUGAAGGGAGGAGCGCCGCUGUACACGUGCUCUCUCAGGCCGACGGGCAUCUACGGCGAGCAGCACCAGCUCAUGAAGGAGUUCUACCAGAACGGGGUGCGGACCGGAGGCUGGCUCAUCAUGGGGGUGCCCAGAGACACAGAGCACGGGCGCGUCUAUGUGGGCAACGUGGCAUGGAUGCACCUGCUGGCGGCGCGUGCGCUGCGUGAGCACCCGGAGACGGUGGGAGGCGAGGUGUACUUCUGCUACGACGACUCACCUUACAAGAGCUAUGAAGAGUUCAACAUGCAGUUCCUGUCUGCAUUCAACUUCCGGCAGGUGCGCAUGCCUGUGCGGCUGCUCUGGUGCAUCGCCUGCUUCAAUGACUUCCUGCAGUGGGCGCUGCGUCCCGUCUGCCGCUACGCGCCGCUGCUGAACCGCUACACGCUGGCCGUGGCCUGCACCUCCUUCACAGUGCGCUCCGACAAGGCCGAGAGGCACUUCCAGUACCGGCCGCUCUACGACUGGGAGGAGUGCCGCGCACGCACGCAACGCUGGGUCGACACCUUCCCCCUCACGCCCGACGACGCCAAGAAAGCCUGAGCCUCCAAAGAAAGAAAACUAUGCAUAGCUGUGCUUUAUUUGUUUAUUUAUUUGUUGAUUCAAAAUGAUAAGUUGGUUGAUGAGGGACAGUGGGGCCAGUCGUGUGGUGCCAGUCAACUGGUGCCAGUCUGGAGCAGAACUGGAAUGAAUGUAGAUGAAAGUCAGUCAUUAACAGUCAUUAAAAGCUACAUUAUGUAAUUGCUUUUAGUGAGUUUUUACAGAUCACAAGCUAGCUGAUUAUACUUCGCAGUUCUCAGAUUUAUCUCUUCCUGUUUUAGCUUACUUAAGAUAUGGAGACAUCAUGCCAAAUGUGGAAGAACAGCCUUUCCACAUUUCCUGUAGCUGCAGCAGUAAUGGAAAGUGCUGGAACGUCCAAGGAGAACUUUAGUAAUGGGAGAUAAGUCGUCCACAUGUGGUGUUGUUAGCAUUGAUAGGGUGUUAAACCAACACCAAUUGCUAAAAGCAGAUCAGAAAAUUUAUCUGAGGACUUCUUAAGAGUUUGAAGAGGCAAAGGUUAAACAGGACUUCAUAUCUUUAUGGAUAGAAUAUUUUUCCUUUUGCUGCACUUUCCAGUUUACGUGAAUAAUAACUUAAUGCAAAGCUUAACAAAACACUAAAAACUGAAGACAGAUUUCAUGUCAACAGACCUGAAUUUCUGCUUUGACAUACUGUAUUAGCUAAUGUGUUAAAAUCUCAACAUCUUAUUAUAACACACUUUCAGAAUAAUGUUCUUAGUUUUGUUGAGUAAUUUGUGUUCUCCUGUAUUUCCAAAAAUCACGAAUCAGGAAUCAGAAGGAAAUGGAAAUGGCAUGUAGUUUGUGAUGUAAAGCUUAUAUGAAAUUCCAUGUUUUAGGCCUACUUGUACGUAUGUAGCCUAUGGGGAAACUCUGAAAGAGCUGAGAACGUUUCACAUAGAAUUGUAGUGUAGACUGAAGAGUGUAGACUGUUUAGACAGUUCCAUGUUGUUUAGAGGACAAGGUUAUUCUAAAAUAACAGCGCAAUAAUAGUACGUUAUGGUGAGCUUGAAAUUGUCUGAAAUACACGUAUGUAUAUGUGAAAAAGUGGAAAAGCCUUACUGAGAUGAGAGAAUUUUGUGACCAUGCUGCCUAUAGCCUUCAUGUCAUUGUCAUCAUACAUAUACCUCUGUUUUCUUAUUUUCAUGCAACAGCAUUAUUAAUUAAUCUGCACACCAGAUACUCACAUGUACACAUGUAGACAGCAAUUGUCUAAAUACAGUAUUACUAUUUUUUUGCUUUUUUGUUCAAUUAUGACAUGUGAUAUGAAUCUGCUCCAGAUUACACAAGGAUUUUAUUUACAGAAAUCCAACCCUGCACUUAGACAGUGUGUACCUAGCACAAGACAUUUUGCUCUCGCAAAAGCAUAGCAACACAUUCCAGUUAUCAAAAGUAAAUGUUUGUAUAAUAAACUUGUAAAUUUCAGGCUAACAAUUAUUUUAACACUUCUUUUUAAAAUAUAUUUAUUAUAUUGUCCAUAAUGUAUAAUUGUAAUAUAUUUUUAUGUGUAUGUAAUUUUACAGAUAAAUAAAUAUCAAUCUUUUGAA